AUGCGUUUCCUCUCAAAUAUGGGUGGCUUUUUGCUGGUCACAACCGGAGCCCAGGCUUUCUUUGUUGUGCCUUGCUCUCGCCCAGUCGUGGUGCAGCGCGCAGACCCUAUAGUCAAUCCAGGCGCCCUAGCUGGUCAUGUUCACACCAUCAUGGGCGGCAGUGCCUUCAAUUUCACCAUGGGCUAUGAUGACGCAGUAUCCUCAGCAUGCUCUACCUGUAAGGUUCGGCAGGAUUUGAGUAACUACUGGACUCCAAAUCUAUACUAUGAGAGCGAGCAUGGCAAGUUCGAGGCAGUCAAGCAACUCGGUGGCAUGCUCGUUUACUAUCUUCAGCGCUCUGACUCCAGAGACCCCGAGUACGAGAAUGGCCUACUUGCGUUUCCCCCGGGGUUUCAGAUGCUCGCUGGUGACCCCUCGCUUCGAAGCUUUGGGGAUACCUUGGAGCAGCGAGCAAUAUCCUAUGUCUGCCUCGGCGUCAGCGGCCCGGAAACCCACCAGUUCCCGCCCCAGAACUGCCCCUACGGCUUGCGAGUACAGGUUAUGUUCCCUUCGUGCUGGGACGGACAUAAUUUAGACUCGCCGAACCAUAAGAGUCAUAUGGCCUACCCGAGCCUAGUUGAUAAUGGGGUUUGCCCAACAAGCCACCCUAAGCGCUUUAUCACACUCUUCUACGAGGUCACUUUUCAGAUCGAUGAUUUCAAGGACAAAUGGUACAAGGAUACUCCGCCCUUCGUCUACUCCAAUGGCGACCCGACGGGUUACGGACUCCACGGUGACUUCGUUAACGGCUGGGAUACGGAUGUUCUUCAGAGUGCCAUCACCAACUGUACUGAUGCAUCUGGGUCCCUGGACCGAUGCCCCUUGCUGCAUCAAUUCGACGAUGAAACGAUGAAGGGCUGCAGAGUCCCUGUCCGCGUUGAGGAACAGGUUGAUGGAAUCCUAAACAGGCUGCCCGGUUGCAACCCAGUGCAGCGUGGGCCGGGCCGGGCCACGCAGCAGAGUGACUGCGGUGCCACUACCACUAUCUCGCCUCCGCAGUGGCCGUAUACCGACAUGACGAUUUCCCAUCGCUUCAGGUAUCGGGGAUGCGCCCCUGACGCGUCAGGGAAGAGCAGAACUUUGAAUGGCACCGAUGUAUCGAGUGACAAUAUGACCGUCGCACGCUGUGUCGAAUACUGCGACGAAAGAGGCUUCAAGUACGCAGGGGUUGAGUAUCGACGGGAGUGCUUCUGCGGGAACUUUGUUGACCACGACCGCGAGCCGAAAAAAGGUAUUCUUGGUGUUUGCGAGCUGCCCUGCACCGGUGACAACAAUGAGGUUUGCGGCGGCUAUGGGGGUAUUUCUCUCUAUGAAAAGUGCAGUGCGGGUGCUGCUUGCGAGAAUGCGGACUUGGUAUGA